CUAGCUUUUUUGGCUAAAUAGAAGCCGACACAUCUUUAUUUACUUCAAUCCUCUCAUCAAUUAUUGAUCCAUCAUCUUCUUCACUGGAAUCCUCCUCUUCUCCGAUCAGUUCUUAAGGGGCGAACCUUGGAGGAGCAACAACAUUGGGGAGACUGGUUCUUCAGCAAGCUUACGAUUGAAGAAAAAUGGCAUUGAUCAAAGAGACAGAUCACCUCCGAAUACCAUUUCAGGAUUUAGAAAUAGCCACUAAAAACUUCGCUACUACACUUAUUAUUGGGAGAGGUGGAUUUGGCAAAGUUUACAAAGGGGAACUCUCACUUUUGGGUAAACUUACUAGUGUUGCUGUAAAGAGAUUAGAUGCUAACAUUUCUGGUCAAGGGUUUAAAGAGUUUUUAACGGAGAUUCAUUUGCUUUCCCGAUUUAAACAUCCAAACCUGGUUUCCCUUCUUGGCUACUGCCAAGAAGGAAACGAAAAAAUCCUUGUUUAUGAGUACGCCGAGCAUGGAAGCCUUGAUAAGCUUUUAACUAAGGACACAACUGUAUGUCCGUUAACAUGUAAGCAACUGAUUGAUGUAUGCAUCGACGCGGCCAGCUGUUUGGAUUAUCUACACCACCAUGCUGCAGAAAAUCAGAGAGUUAUCCAUAGGGAUAUAAAGAGUGCAAAUAUUCUAUUAGAUCACAACUGGAAAGCUAUGAUAUCUGAUCUAGGACUUUCUAAACUAGGUCGCGCUAACGAACCUGAAACUUUUGUCAUUACCCACCCAUGUGGCACAAAUGGUUAUUGUGAUCCUGUGUAUAAGGAUACUGGUGUACUCACAAAAGAAUCUGAUGUUUAUUCAUUUGGGAUGGUAUUGUUUGAAGUCUUGUGUCGAAGGUUAUAUUUUAUGAAUGUAAACGAUGAACGAAAGUUUCUAGACCGUUUGGUUCAUAACUACAAUGAGAAUGGUAAAUUGCAUGAGAUUAUUCAUCCUGAUAUGAUGGAGCAAUUGCCACCAGCUUCCUUGGAUAAGAUAUCGAAGAUCGCAUGUCAGUGUUUACUUAAUGAUCGAGAAAAACGACCCUCAAUGGGUUUGGUGGUAAAGAAACUUAAGGAAGCAUUGGAAGUGCCGGAGAUGGACAUAGUAGGUGAAUUGGGCAUUUUCUGGCUGGAAGAUGAUAUCAAAAGCCUGGUGAAACGGUUGACAAGUCAAAUGGACAUGUUCGUCCCGAUUGUUGGUGAACAAGGUUCUGGGAAGACGACACUUGCUCGUGCGGUUUAUAAGAAGAUCAAGGACGACUUUGAUUACCAUGACUGGAUUUCUGUGGGAGAGGAGUAUACAGCAGAGCGCAUCUUGUCCAGGUUGAAAAAAAUUACCGCAACGGUGAAGGGUAGGAGGUACCUGAUUGUAGUUGAUGGUAUUGGGAGUUAUGAAGUUCUUCAAGAUCUAAAAGACGCAUUCCCAGAUGCUAAAAAUGGAAGUAAAGUAAUCUUUACGUCUCGAGAAACUCCAGAGAUGAUGAAACUUAACCCGCAUAUUAUGAACAGAUUAGAUGAAGACCAAAGCUGGAAAAUGUUUCUGAACAAGGCUGGAAAGGAAAAGGAAGCUGGUCGAAUCACAGAAAGUUUGAAACAUAAGAUCUUGAGGAUUUGCAAUGGUUUGCCUAGAAACAUCAUUCUAAUGGCGGGGCUGCUCUCGAAUAAUAGAAUAAAAAGGUGGCCACUGGUGAUUGACGAUGGUCGAUUUCCUGAUGACAUUCUGAGAUUAUGCUAUAACAACCUGAAAAUCCGCUCGAAAGUUUGCCUGUUAUACCUGGCUCUUUUCCCCAAAGAUUAUGUCAUUCCAGUACGGCGGUUGCUCCGGCUAUGGGUAGCCAAGGGUUUUGUGAAGAGAAGACUCCAAGACCCGUUUCCUGAGGAUUUGGCACAAAAAUGUUUCGAAAAAUUAGUGGGUCUUAAUAUGAUUCAGAUAACCAAGCUUAGAUUGGACAACAGCCCGAAGCGAUGCCGUUUAGUUUCGUUUUUUCACGACUAUUUGUUGCCAAAAGCCCAAGAUAUCAGUCGUUUCUACAUCCGCCAGAAUUCGAAGAACUUUCAAGAUGCAAUGGGUCCGGUUGAUGUACGACUCAUGGUUCCUGGCAUAAUCACCACAAGAGUGGGGAUGGUUUCAGGUAAAACGAUGAGAACUGAUUUUGUGUUAUUGAGGGUACUUGACCUCGAAGGGGCACGGAAGAGGAGUCUGCCCGAUGCAGUGGGUCACUUGAGUCAUUUGAGAUACCUAGGACUGAGAAGGACUUUCUUGGAGUGGCUCCCUGAAUCUGUGGGAGAUCUAUCCUAUCUAGAAACCUUAGAUCUAAAGCAAACCUGUGUCAAUAGUCUUCCAGACUCCAUUUGGAAGCUUAAACGCCUCCGCCAUCUCAAUCUCACCAAUGUUCGUCUCACCAUGCCACCUAGCUGUUCUUCAACUCUUCUAACCCUCUGGGGAUUGGUUCUGGAUGACAGGAUAUCAGCAGAUAAGCUCGAAGGCUUAAUAACGUUGCUUAAUCUUAGAGAAUUAGGUAUUAGAUACCAAUUAAGCACAGGAAAACAAGAUGUCUUACUUGACUGGAUUGAGAAGCUAGUUGAUCUUCAGUCUUUGAGGUUGGUUUCCUUAAAUGGAUCACGCCAAGCUUCGGAGCUAGUCUUAAAAACACUAGCCACCUUAGCUAAACUUUCCCAGCUUAAUCUGUAUGGUAAUCUUUCUAGAUUACCAACUGCAAAUGAAUUCCCGCCAACAGUUAAGGCUCUCACACUUUCAAUCUCUCGGCUAAAGAAAGAUCCAAUGGAGACGUUAGGACAACUACCUUGUUUGAUUGUGUUGAGGCUUUUGGGUGACUCGUUCACGGGAGAAAGAAUGGUCUGUCUUCGAGGAGGAUUUAAGCAACUCGAGGUCUUAAAGAUAUGGAAGCUAAAGGGGUUGGAGGAAUGGGAUGUGGAAGAAGAAGCAAUGGAGAACCUCAAAGAAUUAGAUAUCAGACGUUGUCAUAAGUUAAAGAACAUCCCAUGUAGACUACUCAUAAAACCAAAGCGUCUGGAGAUACUAAAAGUAACAGACAUGCCGAAUGACUUUGUAGGGCGGAUCGGAAAAGGAAUAUCCAAAAGGACUACUCUGACAGUCAAUUAACAAUUAGGAAUUGGUUCCCUUGAUCUGGAAGCAAUAAAAAAAGGUUCUGAAUGCACCCAGGGAAGUUAAGUCUAGUGUUUUCCAAACUGCAGUAAUAAGGUCCUCGACAGUCUGGUAGUUUGCCAGCAAAAGUAUUUUUGUUGUGCAUAUAUCUUGUUCAAGAUCUUCUAUUCAUAUCAUUGUUUCUUGUUCUUCUCAUAAUCAAUGUACAGACAAGUAAUAAGAGGCACGUUUAACAACCUGGAUAAAAGAGAUGCAUUUCAAUUA